CCUUCCCUCCUCUUCUGACUUGAGACAUAUUCUCUUAGAGAGAAGAAUAAGAAUAUGCAGAAACAUAUAUAUGAAGCAGUGUGUUAGUUCAUCAGAGAAAACCCAGAAAACUUUUAAGGUCUCUGCAAAUUUUGGGUCGGAGAAGAAGAGAAGAAGAAGAAUGGGGAAAGGAAGGGCGCCUUGCUGUGAUAAAACUAAAGUCAAGAGAGGACCAUGGAGUCCUGAAGAAGACCUUAAGCUCAUUACCUUCAUCCACAAACACGGCCAUGACAAUUGGAGAGCCCUUCCUAAGCUUGCAGGAUUGGUGAGAUGUGGGAAAAGCUGCCGUUUGAGAUGGAUCAACUACUUGAGGCCUGAUGUGAAGCGUGGCAAUUUUUCUAAGGAAGAAGAGGACACCAUCAUAAGGCUUCACCAUGCCUUUGGAAACAAGUGGUCAAAGAUUGCAUCUCAUUUGCCAGGAAGGACGGACAAUGAGAUCAAGAACGUUUGGAACACACAUCUCAAGAAAAGAUUAAAGCCUAAGCCCUCACAAUCACAAUCCAAUCUUGCUGAUGUCUCAUCACCAAUCACUACUACUACUCUGUCCUCUGAUUCAUCUUCCUCUGAGAAAAUGGAGCAAGACUCAGAGAAACAAGUUCCCAAUGAACCUAUCAAUGGCUUCACAGAGGACCCAAAAGAGUCGUCACCAGCUUCAUUCUCUUCCUCUGAUCAUUCAUCAUCAAAACCAGAAGAUGAAGAUGGACAGAUUUUAGAGUCUUUGCUGAAAGACGACGAUCCUCUGCUCCAAAUUCCAAUGGACACAUUGGACUUUGAUAUCUGGAAUGUUCUGGAGAAUCCAGAAUCCUUCCAGUCAAAUGAUUUUCAGGUUCCAAGUGUUUCUGAUGAUGCAGACCAGAACAAGUGGCUUCGUGAAUUAGAGAAUGAACUUGGAUUGGGAACAUCAGAGGGAUUCAACCUACCAAGGAACGCUGAGGAUGCAGACAUGGGUUUUCUUGAAUCAUCAUGGUCCUCUUGGACUGAAAUUUACAAUUUUUAACUCAUCAAAAAGUAAAUUAAUACAAGUCAUAAGUAGUUCUUUUAGGGACAAGAAAAGUCCAAGUGAUUACAAGUCCAAACAAUCACUGUAAUUUUUCACUAGGAAGGAAGAUUCUCUGAAAUACUGAACAUGAAAUCGGAGAAAAACAGAGAGAAACAGAGACAGAGAAGGAAGCCUUACUUCUGUGAACUCACGUGCGCAGAAGUAAGACUCAUCUCUCUAUGUUUUCAUCUCUCCUAUGCUUUUUCUCCACGAAGUAUUUCAGAAAAUCUGAAAUAUAUUAGUGGGUGUUUUCUUAUUUCUCACAAGAGUCAUACAAGAAGCAAGAAGAUUAAUUAGAUGUAUUAUUUGUUAGAACAUUAUUGAAGUAUACAAUACAAUACAAUAUAAUGAUGAUGAUGAUACAGGUUUAUUAAUUCAAAUCUAUGGCUAUAAUAUUGAAUACUAUUUUGUUGGUAAA